GCCUCGGAGCGCAUUAUCUUCCCCGUCAUCUCCGUCUGUGCGGUUGGUGCUGCGCCUUGCUGGGGAAACGGCCAGGAGAAGAUGCGUUGAUGCGAGCGGAUAUUCUCAGCAGCCGAGACUAAUUGUCUGUGAUUCAUGUCCCUGUUGAGUGGCUGAAACCUAUUCAUAGCCAGGGAGAAGGAGAGAAAGGGGAGAGUGGAGACGGGAUCCGCGCAGAGAUCCGCUCUCAGCAGUCUUUGGAAAUAUAGAAAGCAGAUCGCAGAGAGGAGGAAAGCGCGCCAGCAGGUCAAAGUUUCUUUCGCGGUACUGUGUGUGUGUGUGCCUCUGUGUGUGUGUGUGUGUGUGUGUGUGUGUGUAUGGGAUGGGGUGGGGGGUUCCCUUUUCCGUGGACAUCAUCGUGCUUCAGGUUUGACGCCGUGAUGGAAUGACACCAGAAAAGAGGAUGAUGGACACUUUGGCACCGGAGUCUUGCUCAGAGAUCCCCCGCGUUUCCAGCAGGCGCGGUGCUGACCGAACCCUCAGGACGGUGAUCAGUCAUUUGUUUUGAAGUGGCAGGAAAAUCCUCCUCUUGAUUGAAACAAGAGCGAGAGAUGGUGCGCACAGCGAUUCCUCGGAGACUGACGUGCGUACUCAUCACGUUCCCGUUAAGGAGCGCGUCUUAAAGAGCUUCAUUCUUCGUUCAUGUUCAUUCUGCUGCUCUGAACUUGUUGAGCGGCGUUAAAGAGCAGCGGGACUCCCAGAGAGGCACUCAAAGAAAUUGCCAGAUCGUCACGCAGGACGAGGACCAUGAUUGACAGCCAGGCAAGCUGAGGAGACCCGUCACUCAUCUUCCUAUCAGCGUGUCAGAGGGCUAUCUCCGUCUUGCCUCCCCCCUCUUCCUCUUCCUUCUCUCCUCCACCAUCCUCCUCCCUCCCUCGGUCCUGUCUUAUCUUCUCAAUGGGCUGGUAGCCUCACCAUCCCUCAAAUCAUCCACCGCCCCUCGAAAACCUGAAAGAGACAGAUAUUGUACUGAAAAACACUUGUAAAGCAACCCUUGCUCCACCUAAAGGGAGUUUGGCAUGCCUCCUCACUCUUCUUGAGUGAAGUGUAGUAAGUGGAAGUCGAAGAGCGAUCCCUUGUUUGUACACCCUUCAGAAGGAGAUACGGCUCCUUAACAAGGAGCUGAGAAAGGGCCAGUCAUGCGUUUCCACUUUGCGCUGACGCUGCAGGCACUGUGGACUGGUGUUUGCCAGGCAGCCAUGCAGCACUACCCUGCUGCAGCAUGGGGACAUUACGAUGUGUGCAAGUCCCAGGUUUAUUCAGAUGAAGGCUUAUCCUGGGACUACAUGGCCUGCCAACCCGAGGCAGCAGAUAUGACCCAGUACCUAAAGGUGACUCUAGAUCCCCCCAACAUCACUUGUGGAGACCCUCCAGAGACGUACUGUGCCCUGGAAAACCCUUACAUGUGUAACAAUGAAUGUGACGCCACCACUGAGGAGCUCGCCCACCCCCCAGGGCUGAUGUUCGACACUGAGGGCCGCAACCCCACAACCUUCUGGCAGUCCACCUCCUGGAAGAAGUACCCAAAACCCCUACUGGUCAACAUCACUCUAUCUUGGAACAAAACCAUUGAGCUGACUGAAGACAUUGUCCUCACCUUUGAGUCAGGCCGACCCGAACAGAUGGUCCUAGAAAAAUCACUAGAUUAUGGACGAACCUGGCAGCCCUACCAGUUCUACGCCACUGACUGCUUGGACGCCUUCACCAUGGAGCCCAAGACGGUGCAAGACCUAACUCAGCAUACCCUGCUGGACAUUAUCUGCACCGAGGACUACUCACGAGGGUACGUGUGGAAGAACGACAAAACUGUACGCUUUGAGAUCAAGGACCGAUUUGCACUGUUUGCUGGACCCCAGCUCCACAACAUGGCCUCACUUUACGGCCAGCUAGACACAACCAAGAAGCUGAGGGACUUCUUUACCAUUACUGAUCUGAGAAUCCGCCUGCUCCGGCCUGCCACAGGAGCGACGAUGGUGGAUGAGAACAACUUGUCCAGAUACUUCUAUGCCAUUUCUGACAUCAAAGUUCAGGGCAGGUGCAAGUGCAAUCUUCACGCCAACAGCUGCGUGUAUGACAAAGAGAAGUUGAGCUGUGAGUGUGAACACAACACCACUGGGCCCGACUGCGGCCGCUGUAAGAGGAACUUCCAGGGGCGAGCGUGGAGUGCUGGCUCAUACCUGCCCAUACCCAAGGGCACCGCAAAUGUCUGUUCUCUUACUAAAAUUGGUCCAGUUAACUGCGAAUGCUCUGGCCACUCCAAACGAUGCAGCUAUAUCGAGCUGCUAAACACCGUCAUUUGCGUGAGCUGUAAGCACAACACUAGGGGCCAGCACUGCCAGCUAUGCAAGCUGGGCUACUACCGCAAUGCCUCAGCAGAACUGGACGAUGAAAAUGUGUGCAUAGCCCGGGUGUGUGACAACGAACUCCUGCGCUGCCAAAAUGGUGGGACAUGUAUCAGCAACGUCCACUGCAACUGUCCACCAGGCUACACGGGCUUGCUGUGUGAGAAGCGCCGCUGCGAGUCAGAGCUGGGAGGCUGUGGGGGCCCCGAUUCAGGCCAGGCUCACCUGACACCUCCGUCCACCUCCAGGCUGCUGCUGCUGCUGCUGCUAGGCUCGGCUCUGCUGAGAGAGGCCGCCUGCCGGCCCGCCGUGCUCUAAAGAGACCCAUUAACCUGGUGGGAGUCGCACACUUCCCACCUUCUCCACCUUAACCCAAGCUCAUCCCUCUCCCCUUUCAGAUAAUCAACAACCAUUUAAAAAAGAACAACCAUGAGCUUUCUGGACUGUAAUGUUCUGAGCUUCUCCGCCUCCAGACUCAAUGGACACUCGCACUGACAAUAAAGGGAAUGUGCCAGUCAAAUGAGUGCAGAAACUUUUCAUUUAAUUUCAAAGAAUAUAUAGAAAUAAUUAAAAAAAAAAAACCUAUACUUCUAAAAAAAAUACAGAUAUUAUUAGAAAUAUGAGUAACUGAGGGUUUGCCUAACAAAAGUAAAAUGAGCAGAGAAUGGUGAGUCCCACCCCGACCCCUAUCCUACCUCUCCCCCUCCCCCCAAAAGCCAUACCAGGUACAGUACAUGAGCCCCCUUCGAUUUUGAGAAGAGAUAACUAAAGAUGACAGACUCGUUCACUUCUUCUCAUAUUGCCACGGCAACAACAGCUGCAACCAAUCAGCUCUCGCACAAGCCGACGGUGGCCGCCGACCCCUUUGGGAUGCUUCUGUGCGUUGUUAAUGUUGGCUGGACUGAUGCCGAAGAAAAACAAAAAAAAAA